AUGUCGUCGAAGCAGGGCAGCCGUUCCCUGCUCGGGCUGCCGCCGGAUCAGGACAUUCCAACCUCGCACUCGAUCUUCAGUGACGAUGACCCGCUCGACAUUCCCUCGAGAGCUGCGCAGAGCCCGGAAGGCGAGGAGGCGAGUCAGCCUUCGAGGAAGGGGCUGGGCCGAGGGAUCGCGUCGGAGAGCUUCGACAUUGCCAGCGGGCUGCAUGUAGAGGACGCAAAGCUUGACUCCAUGCCCGAGGUCAAGGACUUUAUGACCAUUGACUGGACUUACUACGCGGAGAAGGAUAGGGAGAGGAGGAUUCAGGGGCUGAGAGGAGGCAGGAGGAGCGCGAUCUUCCGCGUCCUUCUCAACAUCUACGAUGCCAUGCAGAGCUGGUUGGCGCUCACGGCUGUCGGGUUCACGUGCGGCGCUCUGGCCGCCAUGGUCGGGACCGGGUCGGACUGGGCCAACGACAUCAAGUUUGGGAUGUGCUACGGGCGAGGGUUCUGGAUAACGCGUCAGAUGUGCUGCAAGGACAGCGCCGAUAUGUUAUCCUGCUCCAACUGGAAGUCCUGGGCUCAGCUACUGGGGGCGUCGCACGCGAGCUCGGAGCAGGUCGUCUCCUACGUGAUCUACAUCUCCAUCGCCGUGCUGCAGGCAGGAUAUGCGGCAUGGUUGUGUAAGGUGUUCGCACCUUAUGCGGUCGCCUCCGGCAUCGGAGAGAUCAAAGUUAUCUUAUCCGGUUUCGUGAUCAAGAAGUUCCUGGGAGGCUGGACUCUCCUCAUCAAGUGUGUGGGGCUUGUGCUGGCUGUGGGGUCAGGGCUGAGCAUCGGCAAGGAAGGACCUUUCAUUCAUGUCUCCUGCUGUGUUGCCAAUGUCAUGUCUCGUUUCUUUUCAAAGUUUGCGACCAACGAAGUCAGGAAGAGAGAGCUGCUGUCUGCCUCUGCUGCUGCCGGCAUCGCCGUCGCCUUUGGUAUCUCUCUACUUUCCCCCAAAACCAUGUGGCGCGCCCUCUUCUGCGCCACCGUCGCCGCCAUGUCCCUCCAGCGCCUCAACCCUCAGCCGUCAGGAAAGAUGGUUCUCUUCGAGAUCACCUACCAUCACAAGUGGAGGCUCUUCGAGCUCAUCCCCUUCGCCUUCAUCGGCGUCAUCGGAGGUCUGGUUUGUCUUGUCGUCGUGAUGUUCGAGGUUACGGGAGGGUACGAGUAUGUGCUGCCUGUCAUGGUUGGAGUUCUUCUGAGCAAGUGGGUGGCGGAUGCGUUCGGCAAGUCGAGUAUCUACAUCGAGCUCAUACACCUGAAGGGUUAUCCGCACCUUGACAACAAGAGAGAAUACGCUUUCAAGUGA